AUGGUGGUGUCCCUGGUGGGUUUCAUCGGCGCGUGUUACCGAAACAAGUUUCAGAUGCGGCUGUACCUGGUGGUGAUGUUCGUGGUGAUUGCGGUCUUGAUCGACUUCAUCAUAUUCGCGUACGUAGUGACAAACAAAGGGUCGGGUUGGAGGGUGAUGAACCGGGCGUAUUUGGAGUACUACUUGGAGGACUAUUGGAAGAUAGGGUCAUGCAUUAAGGAUUCCCAUGUGUGUGUGAGGAUGGGGAGAACCAUUAAUGGAGUUUGUGAAACGGCUGAAAUGUUCUACGUUAGACACCUCACACCUAUUCAGGUUCCAUAG